CUCCAAAACUUAUCAGAUAGACAGUUACGAAUUAAAGUGGCUUGGUGACUUGAAUCUCGAACUGGUGGACUUCGAAUCAUUUGCAACAAGUUUCUUAUAAAUUCCCUGUCUCUUCUCUCUCCAGUCACAGGAUCAAUAGACCUAUUUACAGUUCCUGACGCCAUAUUGGAUUAGUAACCGCGCACACAUGACAACGAGGCUGGGGUUGACUCGUGUUAAAUCUCUGUGAGCGAUUUUGGUGAAAAUUCGCACGUGGGUAGUAAAAUUGUUCGAUUUUUAUGGAAAUGGAUGGUCCUUGCCGAAAUCUUGACAAAGGUAAUUCUUCUUCUAAAAAAAAAGGAAAGCAGUGUGUCGUUAUUGGUUGUUCAAAUACAUUUUAUGGUCCCAAUGGUUUGCCUUCGAGCUUGCACUUCUUCAAGUUUCCGAAGGAUACGAACAGAAGACGCCGAUGGUACAAUGUCAUCAAACGUCAGCAUGGGAAAGAUGGCUUUUUCGUGACAAAUUCAACGGUGGUUUGCUCAAAACAUUUUCGAAAAGAAGACAUACGGAAAACUUUAACAGGCCGCUGGGAAUUAGUGUCAGGUUUGUCUUCAAAAGACUAUAUUAAUCUAUCACUACAUUUUUUGCUGAUCACCCUAAUUUCGAUUUCACCACCAAAUUGUUUUUAUCGGAUAUUAUGUUUAUUGGUUGCUCUAUUUCAACUUAUAUUUCAAUGUUCUGAACCAUCCCAGUUUACAUGGACGGUGGAAACUCCGAAGAGGAAGCCCCUCCAAAGAAGAAGGCUUUUCACUUCUUUAACAUCUAGAAGUUUAAAAACUGUUGAAGAGGAAGAUGAAUUUUGUGUUGAAAGUGGAGAAGGUGCUUUAAAUGAUACUACUUCAGCUUCACCAGAUGCUGCUAUAAAUGUGAGUAUGCCAGACCUGCCGGUGGAUCCUGCAGCUACAGUGCUAAAUUUACUCAGCAGAGUUGAAAUGCUAGAAAAGCAAGUGUCCACACUGGAGGAAAAGGUAUUGCAGUUGGAGAAGGAAAAGCAAGCUUUGCUUGCUCGCCAGUUUUCUCUGAACAAAAUUAAAGGCGACAAUGCAGCAAUGCUUUUUUACACUGGCUUUCCCAAUUAUGAGGCUUUGAUGAGCUUUUAUAAUUAUAUUGAACCCAAAGUCAGUAAAAUGCAGUACUGGAAAGGAGAGAAACUCUUGAAGGAAAGUCAGCCCCAUCAGAUGGAUAACAACAAAAUUAAACCAGGACCUUGACGUACACUCACCUACCUCGAAGAGUUU